AUGGACUUUGUGGUACGGCCGCCAAAUCUUCUGGUUUAUUGCGAUCAUGGUAGUGGUGGAUCGAUUCAGCAAGCGGUGAGAACUAUUCCGGGAUAUGUGGCCAAGUCUUCUACUGUACAGGAUGUUGAUGCACUCUUGCGGGUGAGAGACAUCCUCAAUUUAGAGCUACUCCAUCAACUGCAGCAAGCCCAUGAGAGGAUGAAGAAACAGGCUAAUAAUCAUCGACAUGAGAAAUCCUUUGAGGUGGGGAAUUGGAUGCUUUUGAAGCUUCAGCCUUAUCGCCAAGGAUCGGUUGAAAUUAGGCAGAGUCAAAAGUUCAGUAAGAGAUUUUAUCGGCCUUAUAAAGUAGUGGCUAGAGUGGGUGUUGUUGCCUAUCAGUUAGAGCUACCCCCAGGAAGUGCCAUUCACCCUGUUUUUCAUGUGUCCGUGCUUAAGGAACUCAAGGGAGACACACCUACUCAAAUCUUAGAGGAGUUGUCGUUGACCCCCUCUUUUUCUCCCAUACCAGCUCGUAUUAUUGACAACAGAGUACUAAAGACAGUUAAUGACGCGAAAGGUCAUUGUAAAGGGGAGAGUGAUUGA